UCUACGCUUAGGGGAUGCGGUGGUUUCAUUCAGGCGAUGGAACCUGUUCGCCCAAAAGCAAUAUGGCGGGGAUAGCUUAGGCGGCAAUAGGUCACGUGGUUGGCGUCAUUCGUUCCCGCACGUGUGUUGUCGGAGCAGAACCCUAUCCUGUUUAUUGCUGAACAACCAUGUUCACAUCCAAAUUGCUCACUCUUGUCCUGGUUGUUCAGCCACCAAGAAUUCUGCUGGGCAUGAAGAAACGUGGCUUUGGCGCAGGCCGAUGGAAUGGUUUUGGAGGCAAAGUCCAGAAUGGAGAAACAAUAGAAGAUGCAGCAAAACGGGAGCUAUGGGAAGAAAGUAGUCUGACAGUCGAAAGCCUCCAGAAGAUCGGUCACAUAACAUUUGAAUUUGUUGGCAGCACAGAACUACUGGACGUGCACGUGUUCCGGGCUGAUGAUUUUUCUGGAGAACCGACUGAAAGUGAAGAAAUGCGACCUCAGUGGUUCGAUUUGCAGAAGAUUCCUUUUGAUGGGAUGUGGCCAGAUGACCGAUAUUGGCUACCGCUGCUUUUGGAGAGGAAGAAAUUCACAGCCUAUUUUAAAUUCCAGGGACACGAUAACAUUCUGGAUUAUAAACUGGAGCAAGUUGAAAACAUUUAAAAAAAAAAAGAGACCUUGAUAGGAAUGUA